GUAUCCGCCAGAGAUCGUGAUACUGGGGCUGCAGGAGAAGUUGAAUGUUAUUUAAGUGAAGCAGAAAAUUUCAACAGGAAUCCUUCAAACAUCGAUCUGGCAUUCAUCUUAGAAAAGUCUAAUGGCCUACACAGCGUAGGCUUACAUUCAACUGAAGAGAAGACCAUCCCUACAACAGCCACCAUCGUAUCAAAUAACAAUAAUGAACAAACUGUCCCGUCGGCAUACACCUCACACUCAUCAUCACCAUCGUCAGCAGCAGCAGCAUUAAAUGUACUCGGACGUCAUGACACUGAAUACAUAUUAAUGACACGAGAAAGUUUAGAUCGUGAACUGAAAAGCGCCUAUUUUAUUUAUCUAACUUGUCAUGAUCAGGUGGUAGAUAAGUUCGACAGCUCAUCAAUAUUCAUAAACAGUCAGUCCGCAGCAACACCAACUGCCUUAAAACGUCUUUCAUCAACAAAACUGUUAAAAAUCAAUAUUUUAGAUGAAAAUGAUAAUGGCCCAGAAUUUGACAGAUUACGAUAUGAAGUGAAAAUUCUUGAAAAUUCCAUUGAGAAUACAGAAUUAAUUAAAUUGAAUGCUAUCGAUAAAGAUGCAGAGAAUCAUAUAGCUUAUCGAUUUGCUCAAUCAACCGAUCAAUUUAUACAAAAUUAUACUGAUUUAGCCUUGAAUUUAAUUGAAAAAUAUUUUAAAUUAGAAAAUAAAUCUGGAUCAAUUAAAACAACUGGUACACCAUUGGAUAGAGAGAGUAGAGAUACGCUUUUAAUUCCUGUUAUAGCCUAUGAUGAAGAAUAUCCGAGUAGGACAUCUCAUGCAUGGAUCAGCGUUCAGGUAGGCGAUGUCAAUGACAAUACACCGAUAUUGACAGGAAAUACAACAUUUUGGAUUGAUGAAGAAGGAGCAACUACAGACCAUCUGACCACUAGCGGCAGUAGCAGUGGUAGUUCUAUAAUCACCUCCAAACAAUAUCAGGGUAGUUAUCAAAUAUUUGUGGGACGUUUAACCGGUGAAGAUCAGGAUAUUGGUGAAAAUGGUCAAAUUAAUUUUAAACUAGGGAUAAACAACUCGAAUAGUCCUCACAGUCGACCGAAAUGGAUCCUGCGUUCUGAUGGUAUGCUUUUCGUCCAAUCGACAAGGCUGCAUAACACUGCUGGUACCGUUGGUAAUAGGGGUGAUGAUAUUCCUAGUUAUUUUUUAGAUCGUGAAACAACACCGGUCCAUGAAAUUCCAAUAAUCAUUAGUGAUUUAGGCAAAAAUCCUACACUAUCGUCUACAGCUACAGUCACUGUCAGUUUAAGAGAUAUUAAUGACAAUUCCCCUCGAUUUGUAAAACCUCCACAUCAUAAUUUAAAUAUGAAUUCAAAUUCAAAUUUUAUGGAUAAAGACACCAGUCAUUCAUUGUUAAAUAUUCCUAAAAGUUUAAUAUCAAAUAUACCAAGUGAACGAAUCAAUAUUCUUCGCAUGGAUAAUUCAAAUCCUGGUGCAUUGAUUUAUACUGUACAGGCUAUUGAUCCAGAUGAAGGGGAUAAUGGUAAAGUUGUUUAUAAACUUGAUGUAUAUAAAGGUUAUUGGCAGUUAACGCACAAUGCAAAUCAAUUAAUCAAUAAACCUGGUGGUGGAAUAAAUCAAUCUUCAAGUGAUUAUUAUUUUAUUAUUGAUCAAAAUUCUGGUGAAAUACGUCUCAAUAAGGCAAUCAAUGUGGAUAAUUUACAAAAAUUACCAAAAUGUCUCAUUAUAUUUGCUGAAGACUGUGGAAUUCCACCGAGAAGAAAUUAUGCCUUGUUGUAUAUUGAUAUUACUACUGAUGAAGAAGGUGAAGAAGCACGGGGAGGAGGGGGAGGAGGCGAAGGGAUAAAACAGACAAAACUAAACGGUCAAUCAAUAAAUAAUAAUAAUACAGGGGACAAUUUAAACUCUCUUGAUCGAUUCAUCAAUAUCAGUAAUUCUAAUAAUAAAGAGUAUAAAGAUAAGCUAGACAGGGUCCAUUUUAACAAUAACUUACAGUCAAAACUAUCGACAGUUGACGGUAUCCACAUGUAUCCCCAUUCAAAUUCACUGUCUACCUCUAAGAAGAUGAAAUAUACUCAAUCAGCCAAUACAAGACUGUCAUCCUCCUCCUCCUCCCUAUUUUCUCCGUCAAAUGAUCUCAGUGUUAACACUGAUGAUAAUGUCGACGGAGUAAUAUCAAAUUUUCAAAUUUUAAUGAAUAAUGGUGAAUCAGAACCAGUGAGUACAUAUCAUACAAGUGCUGAAAUGAUUACAGGUUUAGGCAUUGGAUUGGUGAUUAUCAUUCUAGUUUGUCUGCUACUACUAGUAACCUAUGCUAUCCAUGGAACACAGAAUAUUCGGCUGACAAGGGGCGGUACUACACAUUCAACGCGUACAAAAGUUAACAGUACUACUCUAGGGAAACAGUAUAGAAAUGUUCAGAUGAAAGGUGGAACAA